AUGGAGCACCCCGCUGACAGUAUGGCAGGUCCAAUGAUUCGCAUGCUGCAGCUUCCUUCGGGGCAGAGGACGGCUCUAGUACGAAAUCAGUGUUUAACUACACCAUCUUCCAUUAUUCUACCGUCUAUAUGUGACACCCUUGACCUUAGUCAUAACAACAUAAGUGCAUGGCCAAAGUGGCCGAGCACUGACAUGCAACCUAUACUAUUUCAAUCUAUUACAAAUUUAAUACUCUCGUACAAUUCACUGCAGCGCUUCGAUGCACCGCUCAAGAACACAGUUCCGCUCCUCACUGGCCUGUCCCUUCGUGGAACCAGCAUUGAAGAGCUGAGUGAGCUAAAGUACGGUAUCAAAGGCUUGAAGAGUCUUCGGUGUCUAGAUAUCUGUGAGACUCCUCUUUGGGAAAGAUGCACUGAUGCAGACAAACAGUAUAAUAUGGUGGCGGAACUCUCGAACAGUUGCAGAGCACUCCAAGUCGUAUCAGGUGUUCGCGUCACACUAGCGCACAGGAAACACAUACGUACAUCUAAAAGCUCUACUACUAAUUAA